GUGCCCCGCCCCUUUGCCCGUAAACUUGUGGCGCUCCAGGUUUAGCGGCAGGAGUUCGAAGGGCUGGGAAGAGCUGCACCAGCGAGCUUUGUCCAUGGUUUCCGUGACCAGAGCCGUGUUUGGAGACCUGCCCUUGGGGGCAGGGACAGUGGAGAAGUUCCAGCUUCAGUCAGACAUGCUGACAGUGGACAUCAUCUCCUGGGGCUGCACCAUCACGGCCCUACAGGUCAAAGACAGGCAGGGCAGAGCCUCAGAUGUGGUGCUCGGCUUUGCAGAUUUGGAAGGGUACCUCCAAAAGCAGCCCUACUUCGGAGCGGUGGUCGGCAGGGUAGCCAACAGGAUUGCCAAAGGGACAUUCACGGUGAACGGGAAGGAAUAUAAGCUGGCCAUUAAUAAUGGGCCCAACAGUCUGCACGGAGGACUCAGAGGGUUUGAUAAGGUCCUCUGGACUCCUCAGGUGCUGCCCAGUGGCGUCCAGUUCUCACGGGUCAGUCCCGACGGUGAGGAAGGUUACCCUGGGGAGUUAAAGGUCUGGGUGACCUACACGCUGGACGGCGGGGAGCUCACGGUCAACUACCGAGCACAGGCCACUCAGACCACACCCGUCAACCUGACCAACCAUUCUUAUUUCAACCUCGCAGGCCAGGGUUCCCUGAAUAUAUAUGAUCAUGAAGUCACUAUAGAGGCUGAUACUUUUUUGCCUGUGGAUAAAACGUUGAUUCCUACCGGAGAAGUUGCUCCAGUGCAAGGAACUGCAUUUGACCUAAGGAAGCCAGUGGAGCUCGGAAAACACCUGCAGGAAUUCCACAUCAAUGGCUUUGACCAUAAUUUCUGUCUGAAGGAAUCUAAAGACAAGCGAUUUUGUGCACGGGUCUAUCAUGCUGGAAGCGGGCGGAUACUGGAAGUGUACACCACCCAGCCUGGGGUCCAGUUUUACACGGGCAACUUCCUGGAUGGCACACUGAAGGGCAAGAGUGGAUCAGUUUAUCCCAAGCACUCUGGUUUCUGCCUCGAGACCCAGAACUGGCCUGAUGCUGUCAAUCAGCCCCACUUCCCUCCUGUGCUGCUGAGGCCUGGUGAGGAGUAUGAUCACACCACUUGGUUCAAGUUUUCUGUGGCUUAAGGAAGUGUAAAGACAUGACCUACCCCAGGACCAGGCUGGGAGCCCUUCAGCAGCCGGUCUCCUGUGCAGAGAGAUGAAGAUUUUAGAGGCUUUGGAAGUGAUCCUGUGAAUCAAAAUCAUACAAAUAGUAGCUGUCAUGAUAAUUAGUCUGAAUACUGAUUUCCUUUUCCAAUGGCAGGCCCCAAGCAAGGUCUACUGACCAGCUCUUUCUGUGGUCGAGGGGGCCCACGCACCAAGGCUUAUCUAAGCCCUGAUGAGCCCUGAAGUGGUACCCAGGACCUUUAGGCUACGUUGGCUCCAACCCUCUACCUCUUUCUUUUCUACUUUUCACCCUUCCUUUCUUUGAUCCUCUUUCCUUUUCCUCCUCCUCUACCUGAAACCCCCUUGCCCUUGUGCAGCACUUUUUGGAGUUUUCAAGUCACAUUAGCUCAUCCAACAUCCGGCAGAUAGGCCUCUCUGCCUGGUAAGGCAGUGGACGACUGAGAAGCAAGGGAACCAAGGCUUGGAGAAAGCAAAUGACUCAUCUCAAGGCACAGCUAGGAAAAAUUUUAGCCAGGACUUAAGGUCAGGUCAUGUGAAUUCAAAUCCACUUCUUCCACUUCCAUCUACCAGAGCAUUCCUAGGGUCACUAACGGGCAGAGAUGUCUGACCCUUACACCAUUAGAGCCAGACUUUCUUCCCAGACUUAUUUUUAUAAGAAGCAUCAGUCAGAGUUUAACUGUUUCUGAGCCUUCAAGGUGGCGUGACUUAAAAGUGCAAGACCAAAAUAUCCAGAAAUCUGUAUUUGAUUCUCUGCCUUUGGGGUUAGGGGUUAACUGAGAAAGCCCAGCCCAGGCAAGGGUGGGAAGAAAGGAAGCCACUGGAGAUGGAGCUGUCAGUGCAAGGAGAGGGCCUACCUGAAGAUUGCACAUUCAACCUGGAGCAGAUGUUAUUAUGGAGAUGAAGCUGGGGCUCCCCCUUCUGAACAACUGAAUCAUUGGUGAUGGGUUUGGGUUGGUGGUUUUUAUAGAAAUGUAUCUUACACUGCUACACACUAGCAAUCAGUUGAAAUAAAUCCAGUCUGCACCUUAAGAGGAUUCCAGUUUCUUCACUGUUCUUUAAAUCUAUCAGGUAUGGACCUUUGGGAAAUGGACCAAGUAUAUGGCAUGUCCUGGAUUCUUUGGUGAGGCCCAGCGUCUUGCUAGAGGAAAGCUACCUGGCAGCCUAUUGUGCUUCCUUUUAGCAACAAUAAACCAGAGUGUUUAUUUUUGAAAUUCAUUUUAGCACAUAUUUUGAGUACCUUUUGUGUAGUUCUCUGCUGGGUCUUUUUAAGGGAUUCAGAAGAUAACACCUCAUAUGU